UUAGAAAUACAACUGGAGAUUUGUACGUUUAUGAUAUAUAUUGGUAUAUCAAUGGAAACAGUGUUAAAAUAAUCAAAAAUGUUCCACACGACGACAUUAAUGGUGUUCUGAAGGACUCUGACUGGACAGACCAUUAUCACAUGAAUAUGGAUGUAACAUGCGCCGUACGCAUUAGGGCAAGUGUUGGCUCACUACCAAGUCCAAUUUAUGAAAGUCAAGUUUUCAAAGCAGGUGUAUACCCAGAAAAAUAUGACUAUACUGUAAUAGAAGGUGACCACGUUAACAUACAGUUCACUUCAACUGUUCCGGUAGGAUGUAUAGGGUCUCAUACUGAUUUACUAUACAACUGCUAUCAGAAUUUCUACAUAUAUCAACCAAAUUAUAAUAAGGAUGAACCAAUUAACUGUCACAAUAAUAUUGUCGAGAGAGAUAUUGUCUUUAGAACAGAUAUCUGUGGAAUAAGAGUAGGUAAUCUUGAUUGGAAAGAGAAGAAGCAGUUACAGGUAUACGGUUUCAGUGAUGGUCUGUAUAACAGUCAGGAUCGAUCAACUGUAAUUAAAUUUUCGACGACACCUUUGUCUUCAGUGAAUCAAAUCUGGAAUAAUUUUACGACUCCUGGCAUAAAGGUAUUUUGA